GUUUUUUUUUUCACUUUAACUUGAGGUGUCCACUCCGUGUAGACCAAAGUGUAGACUAAAUAAUUCUGUAAUGGGACUUACGUGGUAGAUUGAUAGGCUGUGGGAACAUUAUUCUACCUUGGCAUCGGUGUUAUGGAGAGCUGAAAAGGUUGGGACUUGGUAGGUGGUGCAAACUCAGGCGGUGGUUACAGCAAUGGCCGAGGCCGUAGGUGACGACAAUUUGGAAUGGCUGCUUUACGGAGAUGAAACUGAUAAGCAAGACAGUGAAGAGGAAGUCAAAAUGGCAACUGUCUUCAGUUGUCCUCCUCUCCCUGCCACUGUGACUGUGGAGACCAUUGGAAGUGCAGAGGACAGCCAGGCUCCAAGCCCGCAGCACAUUGCUACUGGAUCCUCACCUGUUAACCUCAACAUGGAUUUUUCAAGUCAUAGAAAUUAUGAGGCGGUUACCCAGGCCAAGAUGAGGCGUGUGGACUUGAAUGCCCUCGGCAGUAUUAACGGUGUGUCAGUGCUGGAGGUCGACAUGGAGUCCUUUGAGCAGAAGCCCUGGAGAAACCCAGGCACUGACCUGUCGGACUUCUUCAACUUUGGCCUCAAUGAGGCCACUUGGAAGCUCUAUUGUGCUGAGCAACAGAGGCGUCCAAUGGGGAUGACCAACGCCUCAUCCAAUAUCAGCAGACUUAUGCUUAAGCGGAAGGAAAAUCCUUUAAAAGAUGUCAUCAACAUUACUCCCCUCAAAGCCAAGACAGAGAUCAGUGCCACCACCAACUCUCCCAAACCUGAAAUAAAUCCAGCCAGGAAAUCAACCACCAUUGAUGUAAUUGGGCCACAGACUGCAAGUGUCACUCAGGUUAUCUCUGUGCCCAGGCCACCUGACUCUAAGCCUUCACCUGCCAAGUUGCCAAGAGACCAGGAUCUUUACACUCCACCUGCCCCAUUGUUGCCAUUAGACCGAGGUCCGUACAUCCCACCUACCCCAUUCUUGCCUCCACUGUGCAGGACUGUCUCCCCACCAAAGGCACCAACAUGUGACGGUGAAACGCAAGACAGUGGAAAGGAAGUAGCCAAGUUGACAGCAGCUGUGAGUGCUGUUGCACUGACUCCUGUUAUGGAGGAAACCAAUGGAAAUCGAGCGCACAGUCAGGAAACUCUUGCUGAUGAGGAGGACAGUGUCAGUGUCAGUGACAGUGACGAUGAGCUGCAAGUCACCAUUGGUUACAUUAAGGCACCAUCUUCAGAAAACAUGUCCUGUGCCUCCAGACCAGUUGAUGACCAAACAGAGGUUUGCAGGCAUCUUGAGGGAGAUACUGGGGAAAAGGCAGAAGUCAAACUGGCCGAAGCUGUGAGUGCUCUUCCACUUCGCCAGGUCACUGUGGAAACCAUUAGAAGUAGAAUGGAUAGUCAGGACAUGCUGUCUGAUGAGAGUGACAGUGAUGACGAUAACUUGCACAUUACCAUUGGUAACAUCAAGAGCCCAGCUGAACUGGAAAUGACUGGUGGAGCCACCUCAGCUGGAUCCAACGUAAAAUCGGUCUCUCAAAGAGUUCGUGGGAGAGUUUCUUGCAAUGUGACGUCUCCGGAGUUUGAUGGGUCUCUCAGAGUGCAUGGCAUUCAGGAACAUGAAGUCAACAACAGGAGGUCCCCAGAGGAGAAUAAAGAUGUACCCUGGAGAAAUCCGGGUGCUGACCUCUCGGACCACUUCAACUACGGCUUUAAUGAGGAGACCUGGAAAGCCUACAAUGAGAAACAGCUUCGACUCCGCAGACAGUUUUUGAAGAUUCCAAUAAACGUCAUUGCCAGAGAAGUUGUGCAAUGGAAAGAAAAUACUGAAAAAGACGUGAGCGUUUCUGUCCACACAGCCAAGUCAAGAUUAAGUAACUCAACAAACAUUCUCAAAUCAGGACUGAACACAAGGGUGUCACCUCCUCAAUGGACAGGCCCAGCCAACCAUGACAUGCCCUACUACUACACAAGUGGAUAUCCUGCAGGUUAUGCUGCUCGAUCGGUGUCAUCAUACUCUUUCCCUGCAGGUGGCUAUCCGUUCCAAACACCUGGAGCGGCUGUUUCCUGGACCAACAUGGUGGACCACACCACGGCGUGCGAGUGCUACCCUCCUGCCAAGAAGAACCAGGAGAAGGAAAGAGAACGCAGCCGGCCUGCGCUCCAAGAGAGGAACCGACAACAGGAGCUAGAAGACAGCCUGGCAGCCAUUUCUCUUGCCAGCAGUGGAUAUCCAGGAGGUUUCAGUGUUCCAUCAAUCCUACCACAUGCAUUCCCUGAAGUUUUAAUUCCCGGUAUGGCUCACCAACCAUGGUCUGAGAAGGAAGUGGAAAAAGGAGGUGAACUGCUAAAAGAGCAGGAUACUAAGGAAGAGGGAGAACUUGAUCCAGAGUAUAGCCUUUCUGCCAAGGCUCAUACCAGCACUAAGUACAAUGAUGACCAGCACCAGAAGAAACACGUCAUAGAGGGGGAGGAUCAGUCAGUGGACCAGGAUAUCCAAUGAACAUGCACGUCUGGUCUGCUCCUUUUGAAUGCUCGCUCUGUCUCUUCGUUCUACUCCACCUGUUUUCUCAGAACCGCUUAAUCGAGAAUUGUGAGUAUAUGAAAUUGGUGUAAAAAAUAAAACGAAUAAGCAAUGCAA